GUAGAAUGCGGUGCGGCUCAAAACCCCAACCUUUCAGAAAACCCCAGCAAGAAAUCCAUUACCCUCUAGUCUCUACCCCUAAACCGUGUUUAAACUAGAAGAAUAUUAAAGCAAGCACUACAUUAAUCACUCGUUAGCUCACAAGUCUUCUUUUUCUGCCGAACUCCUUUUUCUUUUCCUUUCUUUUUUGUUGUUCAGCUAGCCUCAGUCUCCUUAUGCCCUUCAUACUAAUCCCUUUGAACAACAACCUGCAUCUCUGUUUCUGGCAAUGAGCUCCUGCUAAAUCUCCAUUGGUAAAGCAUAUAUCGGCGCCUGCAGGGGAAUAAAUGGAUGCCAAUACUAAAGCUUCUAAGCAGAGUGGGGAAAUCAGCAUGGCAGAAAACAAGAAAACAUCAGGUGAAGUGGUUGUGCUUAUCUCUGGCGAUGAAAAAGAUCCUAAGAAUCCACCUCCAGGUGCUUCACCGGUGAGAGCAUCAGUUGAUUCUCCUUCAGGUGCUCAAAGGGCCGUGCCUGUAAGUUUUUCUUCCCCUGAAGCUGCUGGGUAUAGUCCAAGCGCCAAUAAGCCUCCAAAAAUUCCCACAACUGAUACCCUCACUAGGAGAAAAUCAAUUGCCAGGUCUGUCUACUCGAAACCCAAAUCAAGAUUUGGUGAACAAUCUGUCCCUGUUGAUACUAACAUGUUUGAUGAGGAUAUUUCUAUAAUUCAAGAGCAUGCUGAACCAAGUUGCAGUUCACCUUACAGAAAUUUAUCUAAUCAGCCUUCACCUAAUGAUAAAAUGGGUUCUAGUAAUGCCAACACAUUAAAAGAGACUAUUAGGAAUGUACCAAUUACCCCCAAGACACCGUUGAUGGCAUCACCUGGUGGUUUUGGAGGAGCAGAUGAGGAUGAGGAGAUUUAUAAGAAAGUGAGUCUCCGGAACAAAUUAAGAUAUCACAGAGUGAAAGUCAAGGUUUUGAUUGAAUGGUUUGUGUUUGCCUGCAUUUUGGGAUGUUUCGUAGCUAGCUUGACUGUUCAUAAGCUGCGACAGUGGACAAUUUGGGGGCUGGAGAUUUGGAAAUGGUGUGCUCUUGUAAUGGUGACUGUUAGUGGCAUGUUAUUUACAAAGUGGCUUGUUCUUUUUGCUGUGCUGUUGAUUGAGCUGGCCUUUUUGUUGAGAAAGAAGGUAUUGUAUUUUGUGUAUGCUUUGCGGAAGAGUGUGCAGUUCUGUAUGUGGUUGAGUUUGGUUCUUCUCACUUGGGUUCUGCUAUUCAGGAGAGGCGUUGAGCGAUCUCGCCUUGCCACAAAGAUUUUGGAUUACAUUACUUGGACAAUGGUAACUUUCCUCAUAGGGGCAUUCUUGUGGCUCUUGAAGAAUCUGCUGCUAAAGAUUUUGGCAUCUUCUUUUCAUGUUAAUGCUUUCUUUGAUAGGAUUCAAGAAUCAGUCUUCCAUCAAUACAUUUUGCUAACACUAUCUGGGCCUCCAGUUAUGGAGUCGGCUCAAAUGUUUGGCAGAAAAAAUAGUACCGUCAGUCAAUUUAGCUUCAGGAGAACAAAGGCAGGGAAAGAUGGAAAGGAAAAGAAGGAAAAAGCAGUUAUUGAUAUAAAUAAGCUUCAUCAGAUGAAACGUGAAAAGGUCACAGCUUGGACCAUGAAAAUGUUAGUGGAUGUCAUAUCUAAUACAGGUCUAACAACCCUCUCUGGUACCCUUGGCGAAAGUGUUUAUGAUGGAGGAAAUGAGCAAUCCGACAAGGAAAUUACUAAUGAAGAGGAAGCAAUUGCAGCAGCCUAUCACGUUUUCAGAAAUGUAGCUCAGCCUGGUUGCAGGUACAUUGAUGAGAUGGAUCUAAGGAGAUUCAUGAUUAAAGAAGAGGUGGAUAUUGUCUUACCAAUGAUCGACGUGGCUGAGACUGGACAGAUUGACAGGAAAGCUCUGACACACUGGGUGGUAAAAGUUUAUAACGGUCGUAAAGCCUUGGCGCAUGCUUUAAAUGACACUAAAACUGCUGUGAAGCAGUUGGGCAAGCUUGUUACGGCAAUCUUAAUUAUCAUAAUAAUAAUCAUAUGGCUUCUUUUAAUGGAAAUAGCGACGACCAAAGUGCUUGUCUUUCUGUCAUCACAGCUUGUGUUGGUAGCUUUUAUGUUUGGGAAUACUUGCAAGACUAUUUUUGAAGCUAUUAUAUUUGUGUUUGUGAUGCAUCCUUUUGAUGUUGGUGAUCGCUGCGUAGUCGAUGGUGUCCAGAUGGUAGUAGAGGAGAUGAAUAUCUUAACAACUGUCUUUCUCCGCUUCGACAAUGAAAAGAUAUACUAUCCAAAUUCUGUUUUGGCUUCCAAGCCAAUCAGCAAUUUUUAUAGAAGCCCUGACAUGGGUGAUUCCCUUGAGUUCUCUAUUGAUUUCAAGACACCACUGGAAUUGAUAGGAACUCUAAAAGACAAAAUAAAGAAGUAUUUGGAGAAAAACCCGUCGUAUUGGCAUCCUAAUCACAGUGUGGUGGUAAAGGAGAUUGAGAAUGUGAACAAGAUAAAGAUGGCUAUUUUUUUUAACCAUACAAUGAACUUUCAGGAUUAUGGGGAGAAGAACAGGCGGAGAUCUGAAUUGGUUCUAGAGAUUAAGAGAAUUUUUGAGGAGCUAAAAAUCAAAUAUGACCUCCUUCCGCAAGAAGUUCGCCUUGUUGAAUCAAAAUCAGUAUAACAGGGAGCAGCAGAUGAACUUAUCAUCUUUGUCAAAAAUCAGUUUGUCUCUGACCUCCUGUUGGAAGGGAGCAGUUCACUUAUAGGUGACAUUUCCAGGGUAAACAGCAGUUCACUUUCAUGUAUUUCUGCUAGGGGCUGAUUAUACUUUCAUGUUCUUCAUUAUGUUGCAGAUACCUGUGGUUGAAGAAAUGAGAAGCUUACUUUCUUGCUGUUAGUGGUCUUCAGUUGAGCUAAAAGCAAUGUCGGAAGAGUUACUAAAUUUUGAGGGAUUAAUGGCUUACCUGAAACUCAAGACAUUUCUACUGGCACAUUUAUGUGACUAAAUGGGAGGAGUAGAAUUGUAUUUCGAAACUAAUCUAUUGUUAGUAGCCUGCUAUUGCAGUAGAAUGAUCUCAUAUAAAGCUUCUUGUGGAACCACGAUUGGAAACUCCAUGUUAUACAUGUUCCUAACUCAGAAUGCUUCCAGUUUUAAGUCCCUGGAGUCUUGCUACGAGGUGGCAGCUGCUGCAGGCUAAGGCGUUCAACGAUCUGGUUCGCUGCUUCUAAAGUGCCUAGCUAGUACCAUCAUCAGAGAUUCAAAUAAAUCAUGAGAGAUUGGCAUAUGAGUCGAAUCAUAUACUCAAAGGCUACAGCUCUUUGACUCUCUUUUGGCUAUUCAAAAAUCAAAGGACGUAGAGAGUUAAAAGAGAAGUACAAUUCUUACCAUUUCUAUGGUUUAUUAGCAUAUAAGUUUAGUAAUUGGAAAUGCAAUGGCCACUGCUUAAUUAUCGUUUUGGGCUGUUUAAAGUGGAAUUGUAGCAAUACGAAUGUCAAUGUCACUCUCACUCGGGUGAUUCUAACGAAGUAGAGCGCAUCAGUUCUCACUUCUCA